AUGAGUAAGGGAGAACAGCUGUGUAAGGGAGAACAGCUGUGUAAGGGAGAACAGCUGUGUAAGGGAGAACAGCUGUGUAAGGGAGAAGAGCUGUGUAAGGGAGAACAGCUGUGUAAGGGAGAAGAGCUGUGUAAGGGAGAACAGCAGAAUAAGGGAGAACAGCUGAGUAAGGGAGAACAGCUGUGUAAGGGAGAAGAGCUGAGUAAGGGAGAACAGCUGUGUAAGGGAGAACAGCUGUGUAAGGGAGAACACCUGAGGAAGGGAGAACAGAUGAGUAAGGGAGAACAGAUGAGUAAGGGAGAACAGCAGAGUAUGGGAGAACAGCUGGGGAAGGGAGAACAGCAGAAUAAGGGAGAACAGCUGAAUAAGGGAGAACAGCUGAGUAAGGGAGAACAGAUGAGUAAGGGAGAACAGCUGAAUAAGGGAGAACAGCAGAGUAAGGGAGAACAGCUGAGUAAGGGAGAACAGCAGAGUAAGGGAGAACAGCUGUGUAAGGGAGAACAGCAGAGGAAGGGAGAACAGCUGUGUAAGGGAGAACAGCAGAGGAAGGGAGAACAGCUGUGUAAGGGAGAAGAGCUGAGUAGGGGAGAACAGCUGAGUAAGGGAGAACAGCAGAAUAAGGGAGAACAGCUGUGUAAGGGAGAACAGCAGAGGAAGGGAGAACAGCAGAGUAAGGGAGAACAGCAGAGUAAGGGAGAACAGCAGAGUAAGGGAGAACAGCAGAGUAAGGGAGAACAGCAGAGUAAGGGAGAACAGCAGAGUAAGGGAGAACAGCAGAGUAAGGGAGAACAGCAGAGUAAGGGAGAACAGCAGAGUAAGGGAGAACAUAUGAGUAAGGGAGAACAUAUGAGUUAA